GCGACCACCCUCGCCCCUCCUUCCCUCCGCUACAGAUACGAAUGCACUUAUUCAACUCAUUGAUCCAACAGGAACCCCAAAUCGUGUUGAAUUGCUCUUUCGGGCAAGAAAGUCCUCGAACGUCUGGAGCUCGCUUCUGGCAAAACUGUCCCUCUGUGCUCAAUGGAUCAAAUGACAGCUGGAUGAACAGGCAAGUGGCUUCCGAGCGUUUGGAAACGAGAAAAACUUCCGCUUGUGAUGUGCACCGAUACAGUGGAAUCGAUCGUUGUGUCUUGAGCUCCAGAACUUGCGCCGAUGUAGAUUCUAGAAUUUCCACAGCGGGUCCUUACACAAGUCAUCGAUUCAUCGAAACAAUGAUCGAUGCAACAUCUAGCGGGAAUUCACCAACACAAGUCUCGGAAACCGAGUGUUCUGGAACUGAUCCAAGCCCUUCGGGAGCAGGGAAACUCGAGAUUGCACCAUGUGAAAUCUAAUCCACCGUCACGUCAUAUGCUUGCACAUGUUCGAGGCGAAUCUCUAAAAGUCCACACUGCUCAACGCGCUUCUAUCGGGCAGCUACACAAAUCGGCUUCGAAUAUGGGGAAGACGCUUGCAAUGGUGACAAUCCUGAUGACGGAGUCGAUCAUCCGGACGAUUUUGACGCUAUCUUCGUCCAAAAAUAGCACCUGGACUUGCCUAACCUCGGGACUCUGCGCCUGAAAACAACGACGGUGAUAUCUCGGAACGCGUUGGGCGAAUAAUUGGAUGCACUCGGGGGUAAGCAUUGUCUGGUUUAUUGCGAAGAAGGGUCGGACAGUCAUUUUACAGCUCAAAACAUAUCUGCAGGAUUUGCCUGCCCACGAGAACGGUGUUCUACAUUAGUCAGACGGGAAUAGAACUGAUUCCACUGUUUCGAAAACUCGGGAUGAUCUUGUCGAAAUUUGUUCCGCGGAAAGCGUCGACAUCAAAAGGGUCAAGGACUUGAGCUAGUCGCAACCUUUCGGCUUCCAGCGAGCUUUUCUCAGAUAUUUCAAAUCGCACAAAUGACGCGCGCAGCUUGUUGAUGCUCACCGACAGGCAUCGGCGCAUGACCCCGCGCCACCAACUUUGAACUGACCAGCAACGUGGCGUGGUUUCUACCAGGCGUCGUCAUCGGGACCCUCGUAGGCGAUCACGAUCGGCCGAUUCGGAGGUAGAAACAAGCGGGACCGAGAUUGACAGACGAAGCAAGGAAGCUACAGGUCACCCAACAGAAAAGGGGAUCCCACCGAAGCUUGAUCGCGGGCCGUUUACAACAUGUGAAGGUGAUUGGGCGAGCCAAGCAGCCAGGCCGACUGGCCCUAUCGGCAGAAUGGGAGCUGCAUAAGGUGCCCGUGCCGCCUUGCGAUUUUUCAUUAUCACCUCCAUGCCCCCGUUUUGGAAGGAUUCGGACUGCGCCGCUUAUACCUCCAUAUGGCACGUGCGACAGGCGCACCACGGUCCGCUUCUCGGCCUCAUGUUCCCGCUCUCUGUUGUCGCUGGGAGACGCAUCGGCCCAGGCCAAGUUCGCAUUUGCAUGCAAUAAUCCAAAUAACGCGCUCGAGACCAAUGACGAAGCCCAUAUGAGUACAGACGUCCCUUAUAAGUGUAAGAUAUGGGAAACCAAUCUUCACCAUGGUUUUCUUGCACACAGUCAGUCUCUCCCUCCUCUCUCUGGCGCUCUCCGCCCGGGCCUCCUUCCAGGACUUUGGCAUCCCCCAGUCGGACGCCACCGUCAACGUGCGCGUCUUCGAUGUGGGAACGACCACAAUGGCCAACGCGAUGGCGCUGUUUGUGCAUCCUGUGCUGACCGGCCGGGAGAACAUGACCUCGUCGAUGCUCUCGUUCUUGAUCGAGCACAACGGGAAACGGAUGUUGUUCGAUCUGGGGAUGAGGAACGACACCCAGAACUUUUCGCCCACCGUCGCCAGCUACUUCCCCGGACUCGUUGCCAAGCUCGACGAGCCGAACGGAGAGAUCACUGGGAUCUUGGAGACGGCCGGAAUCGCUCUCGACACCGUUGACGCUGUGAUCUGGAGCCACGCCCAUUUCGACCACAUCGGAGACAUGUCCAAGUUCCCGAACAGCACCGAACUGAUCAUCGGAUCCGAGACCGACAUGGAUACUUACCCUCAGGUUCCCACCGCGAGCUUGAAGGCUGAGGAUUUCGCCGGCCGCACUGUGACCAAGAUCGAUUUCUCAAAGGCCAACCUCACGUUCAGUGGCCUCAAAGCCAUCGACUACUUUGGAGACGGAAGCUUCUAUCUUAUGGAUACUCCUGGUCACAUGGCGGGCCAUAUCACGGCGCUGGCUCGCACCACCAACUCUUCGUUCAUCGUCCUCGGUGCCGACACCUUCCACCAUCCUGGCGAGGUUCGUCCCCGUCCCGCAUUCCAGCAACAGUACCCCUGCCCCGCCCAUCUGCUCGAGGACGCCAAGGCGAUCUCCACUGACUACUUCUGGUCGCCCAAAAGCAGCUCGGGCGCAUUCGACCUCGCCUCGCGACCGGAGCAGCUCUUCGCGGUGUCAGACACUGCAGGCUCGUUCUACGCCGAUCCAGUCACCUCGGAGAUCUCGAUCGUGAAGCUCGCGAACUUUGAUGCGGAUCCGGACUUUUUCGUGCUCGCCUCGCAUGACAUCAGUCUGCGCGGAGCGAUCCCCGUGUUCCCUGCGUUCUUGAACCAGUGGAAGCAGCAGCAACUGAAGGAGAACAGCGUGUGGGGAUUCCUGAACAAGUCGAGCCCGUCCUUCAUCUUCACGACGGUCUGACGGCUGAACGGCGUGGGGGUUAAAUUAUAGACACAGAUAGACUAUUCUAAUUUUAUUUCCGGAACAAUGACGAUCGGUCAUCUCUCCGACCUAGACCAUCAUUUGGAACCCUCUCUUCGC